GCAGUGAUUGCUAGCAGCCACGUCUCAAAGUCAGGUGCACAGUUACGGGUAACCCAGACAGAAAGGUGCACGUUUGUGUAUUUUAGACUUAGUCUCAUUCAACACGCCCUCAUGUUGUUGACUAUGGCAAGCAUCACUGCUGGCUUGUUAGCUUCAACUCAUUUGUAUCCAGUGUUGCCGCAAACAAAAAGCGGCUAGCUAACGUCAAUGUGCAACUUCCUCCUUUUAUAAUACUCGUCGCUAUCUCGUUUGGUUUAUUUUUCCAUUAUCAACACUCAGAGAAGAGGAUUUUUUUCUUUCCAGCUGCUGCAGCAGAAAACCUGUCCUGAAAACAUUCCAAGCAGCCACUGCACACCUGACAAGACUGAUCAAGUGCAGGACCAAUCAGAAGAUGGAGUAACCUUUUAAAAGCUUCAUCCACCUCCUCAUCUCCCCUCUUGUCACCCACCUGUCGGGGCUCCUGAGGUCCCCUCAGGCGGGCAGGCGUGAUGCCUGGCGGCAGGCACUCUGUCUGGCAGCCGCUGUGGCGCUUCCUGUCACCCUUUGCCACCCGGCAGGAGCGAGUGGUGCUGGCCCGCAGCGAGAGCCUGCCGGGGGAACAGGUGCUGAAGAUCACGGUCACGGAGACCACGGUGAUUGAGGCGGAGUCCGGCGUGUGGAACUGGCGCUCCAUGACCUACCUGGGCCUCUGGUACUUCUUCAGCUUCUGCACCCUCUUCCUCAACAAGUACAUCCUGUCACUGUUGGAGGGGGAGCCGAGCAUGCUGGGUGCUAUUCAGAUGCUUUCCACCACAGUCAUCGGCUGCCUCAAGAUGUUUGUCCCCUGUUGCCUGUACCAGCACAAGUCCAGAGCCGAGUACCCCCCCAACUUCGUCAUGAUCAUGUUAUUUGUGGGACUCAUGAGGUUCACCACGGUGGUUCUGGGCUUGGUGAGCCUGAAGAACGUGGCGGUGUCGUUUGCAGAGACGGUGAAGAGCUCAGCGCCGAUCUUCACCGUCAUCAUGUCCAGGCUGAUCCUCGGGGAGUACACAGGGCUGUGGGUGAACCUGUCCCUGUUCCCCGUCAUGGCCGGCCUGGCCCUCUGCACAGCCACGGAGAUCAGCUUCAACAUGCUCGGCUUCUCCGCCGCUCUCUCCACCAACAUCAUGGACUGUUUGCAGAACGUAUUCUCCAAAAAACUGCUCAGCGGAGACACGUACAAGUUCAGCCCCCCAGAGCUGCAGUUCUACACCAGUGCAGCAGCUGUCAUCAUGCUCAUACCUGCCUGGGUGUUUCUCUUGGACAUUCCACUGACUGGGAAGAGCAGGCAGAGCUUCAUCUUCAGCCAGGACAUCAUCCUGCUGCUGCUCUUCGACGGCGGCCUGUUCCACCUGCAGAGUGUCACCGCCUACGCUCUCAUGGGACGCAUCUCCCCCGUUACUUUCAGCGUCGCCAGCACUGUCAAACACGCCCUGUCGGUGUGGCUGAGCAUCAUCGUGUUCAGUAACCAGAUCACCAUCCUCAGCGCCACCGGCACCGCCCUCGUGUUCGUCGGGGUUUUCUUGUACAACAAGGCCCGGCAGAUCCAGAGGAAAACCCUACAGGCCAUGGCUGCUGAGCACAACCACAAAUCCCUGCUGCAGGACCAGGACUUUCAGGCUCCUCAGUCCCACUGAGGACUCGGCACUAAAGACUAAACAUGCUGCUUGACAUGGGAUCAAGGUAGUGAAAGAGUUCUGUUUCCUUACCUCGGGAUGUCCAGACGGGAGGGCUGGAUAUUUGAGGAUCCAGGUUCUGUUCAGUGUAGAGCGUGAAGCUAACGUUAGUGAGAGGUUCGGUAAAGGUCGGUGUCUGUUCGACCGAGCCGUCACUCGUCCUGUGGAACAGUAUUUAGUGUUUGUUUUUGGUUUUUUUUGUCCUGAUGACUUUAAUUACACUUUAAUCUUCCUUGAUCCUCUGCUUUGUCUCAUAUUGGUCAGUAAACGGUGAAGCUCAGGGCGUCCUUCAGCUUUUUGAAGGAAGUGACUUCUGUAAGCUUUUUUGUCUUACUUCUGCAUUCCAGUGUCUCAUCUGUGGUAAAGCAGCUGCUGAAUGUCGUCGUGCAUAUCUGUGGAGCGUCGAAGCGGUAAAAGAUUUUAACUUGCGAAGGUGAAGAACCUACGGUGUAAAAUUUCUCUCAAUUGCAUCUGAAUAGAAGAUGUGAACAGGGCACAGGUGCCUGAGACAUGAAGCUGUUCGGAGCUCAGACUGACCAACUGACACACUUUUAUUAAACAAUGUGUGGAACAUGUGAAAGUCACAUGCUGCAUUCUACGAAUGCUCAUCUCUGAUCAUCAGUAGUUGUGCGUGUAUGUAGGAAUUCAUGUACUUGUGUUUUCUUUUUGUUUUUUCUUUGUAAACAGAAUCACCCCCAGUGCAUGCUGGGAUAGCAGCCCUGGAAGCUAAUCAGGAAACAGAGGCUCAGAGAACAUGUAGUAUGUGGAUGUAUGGACGAGGUGCUGUUUGUUUCACGUUUGUAAUCUUGAAGAAAAAUUUGAGUUUUGUUUUUGUAGCUCAGACGAUCAAAGAGGUUUUAAACAAACCUCACGUCAGUAAAAUAAGAAGGUGGGCGUUAAAUUUAAUAAACAAACUGUUACAAGCAUCCAUCAGUGUUGACAAAAAAAAACAAUUUGACUUACUGUACUUACUGCAGGUGUUUGCAUUUGCUUCCUGUGCAAAGAGGGAUUCUUAGCAACAUUACAAAUGUCAAGUUUAGACUUGUAGGAUUUAAUCUUGUAGCUACUUUAAAACAAAGCUUCUUCCACAGAUUUCUUUCUUCCAUUAAAAACACAUCAGUGCCAUUUUAACAUGUUGCCAAAAACAGCUGCACAGUGCCAAUAAUUGAAUAUGUAUGUGAGUCUUAUUCUGAGCGUCUCUGUGCUCCGCUAAUGUCGUGUCCAGACAUCUUUCCCACCAGGUGUCUGACAGCUACAUGUGUUUAUCAGCCGUGACGACGUCGCUGAUAUUGCUGUGUGUGUGUGUGUGUGUGUGUGUGUGUGUGUGUGUGUGUGUGUGUGUGUGUGUGUGUGUGUGUGUGUGUGUGUGUGUGUGUGUGUGUGUGUGUGUGUGUGUGUGUGUGUGUGUGUGUGUGUGUGUGUGUGUGUGUGUGUGUGUGUGUGAUAACCACACAGGCGUUUAUAUGUGUGCAAGAUACAGUCACUAAACUUUACAGGUGUGUGGUUCAGAUCAAGAUUAAGGCCAGUUGGGUCACGGUUUGAUUCCAUCUCAAGAUGUUCUCUAAGUUUUUGUUUUGGUUUGUGUUUGCUAGUCCGACUUGAACAUUAUUUAAAUUUACAUAAUAAACAUGUUCAUUCUUUGUGGCUAUUUCCUGUAAUUGUCUGAGAAAUAGUUUUUUGUUGAAGCCUUCAUAAGAACCAGGAGGGCGCCGUUGAUUUAAUCUUGAUACUGUAUGAAUAUAUGUUUUUUACACUAAUCUUCCACAUGAAGUCUUUUGAAGUUCAAACACACGGAGCGUCAGUAAAGGUGCUGAGGUCGGACAGAGCACUAAUUAACUGUAUGUUUGGGAACGUGCAAAUCGGAUGUAAAAAAUCAUCAGUGAUGUAACUCCUGAGUGAGGAUGUGAUGAUGAACAGAAAAUAAAAGUAUUUUCUCUUGA